UCGACUUGGAUAAAUACUGACCCCCUCCCCCUGCGUAGCUCUGGCUCGCUCAAGUCCUGAACAGCCAUCGCGUAUUCCCGAAUACAGCUGCCAAGCACUCAUAGAUGACAAUGCUCGACGAAGGACUCGUACAGCAGUAUCCACCGCUGGCCAGUUCGCGUCGAACCGACUAGAAACGAAUACAGCCGGACAAGGCGCCGCCUUGUCUCGCGAUAACCUCCUCCAAUACGACACACCUUCGGGCCGCGCCGACCACGUCUCAGCCCCACUUGCCAUAAGCGGCUACCGGGACGCACCCGUGGCUGAGAGCCAGAGGGGAAAGAAGAGAGCACUGGAGGUCGAGGAACUCAAGGAAGAAAAGAUUGAUGAAGAGCCUGGGAAGGGGCACACUGCGAACAAGUACGAUGACAGCGACAACGAGCGUGAUGAGGAGAGUCGCAGGCCUAAGCGCAGCAGACCCAGCCCGUUCUUCUGCCACCCGUCUCGCCACGUGGAGAAUCGUGACCGAGUCCACGCGGCAGGCGCUGUCAAUGUCCCGACAGCCGCGCCCGCCACGCCUGUUGCUCCGCGUCCCCCUAUGCCUGCCGCCCCUGUCGCUGCGCCGAUCCCUGCGAUCGUCGCGCCGGCCGCACAGCCGGCUCAAGAUGCUUUCAUCGUCAUACCGCCUCCGCCUGCCUCUGCAUACCUCCCACCAAUCGAACAAGUAGUCACCGCUCCCCCUGACCUACCAUACAACAUCGCGCUGCCUCCAAUCGUCGCGCCCCAGCCGGUGACGACGCAGAACUUCAGGAUGCAGCUUGACUUCAUCAUCCUGUAGCGGCGCAUGGUUUCCUUCUUAAUGUAACGCAGAGAGAUGGUCUUGAAUUGGUCGUGGAAUCUGUAAAGUGGUUAGCCCUCUUCUAUCGAGUUUUCGUUACGCACCUCCGGACGGACGAACUUGAGCGAGACUUGAGCUGGCAGUCUACUGCUGAGAUAGCAGAGUUUCCUGUGCUGCAAAUAUCAAAGAAAAUGCAGUGCCCGAGUGCUAUGCCAUGGCAAAGAUAUAUGGAGGAGGAGGGAGUCAGAGGGACGCGACUGGAAUUCUGAGGGUCAGUCGGAAG